AUGGGUUCUGUCGGGAGCCAGCGCCUUGAGGAGCCCAGCGUGGCAGGCACACCAGACCCGGGCGUAUCGAUGAGCUUCACCUUCGACAGUCACCAGCUGGAGGAGGUGGCAGAGGCAGCUCAGGGCCAGGGUCUUAGGGCCAGGGGCAUCCUGGCUUUCAUGGACUCCGCACUGGAGGAGCCGGUGCCCGAUGACCGCUACCACGCCAUCUACUUUGCAAUGCUGCUGGCUGGCGUGGGCUUCCUGCUCCCGUACAACAGCUUCAUCACGGACGUGGACUACCUGCAUCACAAGUACCCAGGGACCUCCAUCGUGUUUGACAUGAGCCUCACCUACAUCUUGGUGGCGCUGGCAGCCGUGCUCCUGAACAACGUCCUGGUGGAGAGACUGACCCUGCACACCAGGAUCACCGCAGGCUACCUCUUAGCCUUGGGCCCUCUCCUUUUUAUCAGCAUCUGCGAUGUGUGGCUGCAGCUCUUCUCUCGGGACCAGGCCUAUGCCAUCAACCUGGCCGCUGUGGGCACCGUGGCCUUUGGCUGCACAGUGCAGCAAUCCAGCUUCUACGGAUACACGGGGAUGCUACCCAAGCGGUACACGCAGGGGGUGAUGACCGGGGAGAGCACGGCGGGCGUGAUGAUCUCUCUGAGCCGCAUCCUCACGAAGCUGCUGCUGCCCGACGAGCGCGCCAGCACUCUCAUCUUCUUCCUGGUGUCGGUGGCACUGGAGCUGCUGUGCUUCCUGCUGCACCUGUUAGUGCGGCGCAGCCGCUUCGUGCUCUUCUAUACCACACGGCCGCGUGACAGCCGCCGGGGCAGGCCAGGCCUGGGUAAGGGCUCUGGCUACCGCGUGCACCACGACGUCGCCGCCGGGGACGUCCACUUCGAGCACCCAGCCCCGGCCCUGGCCCCCAGCGGGUCCCCAAAGGACAGCCCAGCCCACGAGGUGACCGGCAGCGGUGGGGCCUACAUGCGCUUUGAUGUGCCGCGGCCAAGGGUCCAGCGCAGCUGGCCCACCUUCAGAGCCCUGUUGCUGCACCGCUACGUGGUGGCGCGGGUGAUCUGGGCCGACAUGCUCUCCAUCGCUGUGACCUACUUCAUCACGCUGUGCCUGUUCCCUGGCCUCGAGUCUGAGAUCCGCCACUGCAUCCUGGGCGAGUGGCUGCCCAUCCUCAUCAUGGCUGUGUUCAACCUGUCAGACUUCGUGGGCAAGAUCCUGGCAGCCCUGCCCGUGGACUGGCGGGGCACCCACCUGCUGGCCUGCUCCUGCCUACGUGUGGUCUUCAUCCCUCUCUUCAUCCUGUGUGUCUACCCCAGCGGCAUGCCCGCCCUGCGCCACCCUGCCUGGCCCUGCAUCUUCUCGCUGCUUAUGGGCAUCAGCAACGGCUACUUCGGCAGCGUGCCCAUGAUCCUGGCGGCAGGCAAAGUGAGCCCCAAGCAGCGGGAGCUGGCAGGGAACACCAUGACCGUGUCCUACAUGUCGGGGCUGACACUGGGGUCCGCCGUGGCCUACUGCACCUACAGCCUCACCCGCGAUGCCCACGGCAGCUGCCUGCACACCUCCACCGCCAAUGGCUCCAUCUUCUCGGGCCUCUGAGCCAGCUCUGCCCACUGCCAGGGACGCCGAGGGCCUGACCAGGGUCCCCGAGGCCUGAGGGCCCCUCCCUCGUCCCCACCUCAGUGCCUGCGGGGCCCUGGGCCUCUCCCUGUGCCAGCAGCGCCACCCGCUCUGGGUCCAGCCAUCCCCAAUCCUGGCCUGAAGUUCUGCAAAGUCCUUCGAGGACCGGAACACGUUUCUGUGACCCGGGGCUCUGGCCAGCACUGUGUUCUGUGUUUGGUCUCAUACCUGCCUCUACCUUCCAUCUGUGUCCAGCGGCCCCAGCUCCAGCCCAGCCAGCACUCUGCAGGGUCACACGCACCGUGUCCCCACUCAGGACACCAGACGCCCGCCACAGUGUGCGUGCCCAGUGACUGCACCCCGGCCCUCAUCACCCGCUGCCACUGAUGGGGGCACCACCUGGCCCAGCCUCCACCAAGGACCCCUCAUGAACCCUGGAGCCCUGAGAGGAGAGGGGCAGCCCCCCAGUGUCACCCUCCGGCCUCCCCCUUCUGUCCUCAUUCUUAGAGACUGCUUCUCCCAAACAAAACGCGUUAGCCAUGAAGGAGUCGGAGCCCUGGGUCCGAAGGGACCCGCCCGCGGUCUGCGUCAGCCUCUCGGGAACCACAGCAGUGGUGCCAGCCAGGCACAUCAGGACCUCCUCACACACCCAUGCCAUGCCACAGGCCAGGGGGCUGUGCCUGACUAGGGAGCCCUCCCAUUGCCUUCUUGGUCCAUGACAGAAGAGGGGAGGUAAGUAUAGGGGCUGAAGUCACACACCCUGGCUGAAGUCAGCUUGACCUAGGUCUUGACCCUCAUCCAGCAAGGGACCCGACGGACCCAAGGGUCUCUAGCAAGUAGGGAGGGGCUGGGGGCACUCCAGCCUGGGUCCCCCAGAACACCAGGCCCGUGUCGGUGGCACCCUGAGGUUGGGGGAUUCUAAGGGUGUCCUUCCAGAGACAGCGUUUCCAGGGGGAGGACGGCCCACCCUUACAGAACCCCGGCCCUGGCUGUGACUGCCCUGUUUCACCCCUGCUGUGUCCCGUCACCCGUCUGUCCACUAACUGUACCGCACUGGCCAUUAAAAGAUAAAGCAGACCGCUGCACUGCCGCCU